GAAGAAGAUAAAAUGAGCGAAGAAAAGAAAGAAGUGAAAAGGUUGCCAGCAAGCAGAUUUAAAAUGUUUGAGAAAACCGAUGCAGCUAUGGUUGCACCUGUGAGUCCAAAAGUCAAACCUAAAAAAGACAAUCAAAUCAAAACAACGACUUUGUCACCAACGAAGACGAGUAGCUUGCAGGUAUUAAAAGAAACUUCGUUACUGGAUAAUCCAAUUUUCCAUGCUCCGAUGGUAUUAGUAUCCACAGAAAAUGGUAAAACAACUUGCAAUGAAACGACAUUAUCCAGGCUAAGAGAAGUUGAGCAGCCGUUGAAUAUAGUUUCUGUUGUUGGCACGCUUAGAACUGGAAAAUCUUUUCUAUUGAACAAACUAGCAAGACAUGGUGCAGUGAAUAGAGAAGCAUGCUUUGAGAUCGGACAUACGCCAGACCCUGUAACAAAAGGGAUAUGGGUUAUGUGUCGACCUCAUCCUACCAAAGAAAACCAAGUUCUUGUCUUACUGGAUACAGAGGGGAUAGAUGAUCCUGACAAGAUUGAAGUAGAAGACGACAAAAAUGUGUUCAUACUCGCCACGCUUUUGUCUAACACAUUAGUAUACAACAUGCGAGGAACCUUGGAUAAAACUACCAUUGAUAAAUUUAAAUUUUUGAAUAAAAUCAAGACAUCAAUUCAAGUAAAUGGCUCCGAAGAAGACGAUUCAAUUCUUGAUUUCUUUUUUCCAAAUUUUGUACUAACCUUAAGAGACGUGACUCUUGAAAUUGAAUCCGAAGAUGGCGAUGCAUUUCUGGAGAAAAACUUGAAUAUGAAAAGAGAUGCCAAUGUUACUGAAGAAGCACUGAAAGAGUACAACCUUCCAAGGAUGCUUAUAAGGCGAUACUUCAAAAAGAGGAAAUGCUUCUUGUUCAGAAAACCGGUAAAACGUGCCCUACUUAAGGACCUGUUGAAUGUAGAUGAGUCACAAUUCAAAAAAGAGUUCCUUCAAACGCUCGUAGGGUUCCGAAGUUACAUAUUUUCAUGCCAACCAAAAUCACUUAAGUCUGGAAAAGCAAUUAAUGGGAGAAUGUUUUGCUCCCUUGUGCUAAAAUAUGUCCAGUCUAUACGGGCUGGAGAAUCCCCAUGUCUGACAAGUGCAAUGGUGUCAAUGGCAGCUUCAGAAAACACCUAUGUAGUGGAAAGGGCCUCAGAAGAAUAUAGAGCCGAAAUGAAGAAGCGUAUAGGCUCUCAUACACCGAGUGAAAAAGGUCUUUUAAACUACCAUAAGGACAGCAUGUGCGCGGCUCUUGAGGUGUUGAAAGCUGGACUCAUCAUUGACGACGAGCAAAUAUAUGAAGAAAAGGCAAUGACUUGCUUCAAAGAACAAUUUGAAAAAUUCAAAGAAAUUGUGAAGAAGGAUGUCGAAGCAAAAUGCUGGCAAAUACUUGGACGGCUUGAUAUGAUGAAAAUUCAAAUGAAGAUUAAGAAUCGAAAGUAUUGCACACCUACAGGAUACGAUGAGUACAUGAAAGAUCUAGACACACUGAUAAAACAAUACAACAGAGAAGCUGGAUACAUGGGUUCUGUUGCUUUGUUAGCUUUGCAAGAAUUUCUCGCUAAGAAGACAUCAGAAGAGGAAGCAGUGUUUUGUAUGGUUCAAGAAGCACUUGGUGGCAAAGAAGGACCCGAAAGAAAAAAUAUGAAGGACCUUUGCGUGUUCAGUGAAAAAGAUGCAGACAUUAUGAAAGAAGAGGAAGAGGUUGAAGAAGCGAUCCGAGCAGAUAUUGAAAUGCUGCAAAGGAAUGGUCUUCAGAAUAUCGGAGAUCAAUAUCUUGACAUGCUCACAUCAAAAAUAGAAGAAAUAGAUAGAGUAAAGAACGAGCUUACUCGUGAUGAUUCAUAUUAUAAGAAAUUGUGUAAAGAAACCGACCACUGGAAAAGUAUUUUUGAGAACGCGCCAUUCAGUUUGUCCCACUAUAAGAGGCAGCUAAAACCCAUUGCUGGACAACAGAGUACGGAUAUGCAAGCCACUGUUUAUGAAGAGCCUUGGAAUGAUGUGAUAGGCUCUCUUAGGAAAACAGCUGUCGAGCGAGAAGAUUCAAAAGACGAUGUUGACCUGUCACUAGGAGAAGCAAAAGGUGAACGAGUGCCGCCAGAGGGAAGUGAAGCAGUCCAAUCAUAUAGCGACAUACCUCAGAAAAUAACAGAUAAAUGUAACAUUUCAUAAGAGAAAUGUGUUGGUAUUGCUACUGUUUGACUUAUCAUUGACUACAGAUGGAAGGAAAUGUUAUGUCAUCUAACGCACUGUAAAUGAUAAAAUAUGAUAAACAAGAUUAAAAGGGAAGGGCAGCGUACAAUGGACGCAAUAAUACAUUGUACAUUCUGUUUAUUUUAUGACAACUUUGCUACAGUUGGUUUUUUAUUAAAAGUUAAACUUAUCAAUUGAUUUGGAAUAGAUAAGUAUUUUAUUUAUUAUAUCAAGUCAAAUGAAGCGUAUGUUGAAAAAUGCUUUAACUUUGAAACAUAAUUUUAGUCGAUUUAUUACAGAAAAUCUAUACUUUUAAUAAGCAUAAGUGCACUUCAAUCAAAAUUAUGGAAAAGAAGUAAAUUAUUUUUAUGUUAAAAAUUUGGGAUGCGAAAAAGAAUUCUUAACAUUUUUGUUUAAGAUGACUAUAAUAUUCUAACGUUGUAUGUUCUGCCCAAGCUUUAACACUUAUUAAUAGCCGGUACACUGUUGAAUUACAAGACAAUUGUCAAUAUUGCUUUCAGAAAUAGUCGUCAAAAGGUAAAACAAUUAACUAUUGUACCUGAAUUAUAUAUCACAAAAGAAAACUGAAAAUACAACUGAAGUAUAAUA